CUUUUGACGAGAGCUUCACCGCUUCCCUCCAUUGAAGAAGUGACUAAGACUCGGCGCAGUGCCUUUGCAGCAUCGCCGUCACAGCGUCAACACACACUCAUACACACACAGAGAGCCAGAGGGGGGCUCCCAAAAAAAAAAAAAGCGACCGCAUUUCCUCCAGUGCUGACUGCAGGCCGACGACAACAAGCUCGGCUCUUCCCGGAUUCCCUUUCGGAUCUUUUCUUCCCUGUUGGAGACCUUCUCCACCCCCCGCACCCAACAGCCAUGGCAGAUGACGCGGACAUGCGCAAUGAGCUGUCAGACAUGCAGCAACGUGCGGACCAACUCGCCGAUGAGUCUCUGGAGAGCACCCGUCGUAUGUUGCAGCUGGUGGAAGAGAGCAAAGAUGCCGGCAUUAGGACUUUGGUCAUGUUGGAUGAACAAGGAGAGCAACUCGAUCGUGUCGAAGAUGGCAUGAACCAUAUCAACCAAGACAUGAAGGAAGCCGAGAAAAAUUUAAAAGAUUUAGGGAAAUGCUGUGGGCUUUUCAUAUGUCCAUGUAACAAGAUGAAGAGCGGAGCCAGCAAGGCCUGGGGGAACAACCAGGAUGGGGUGGUGGCCAGUCAGCCAGCCCGUGUUGUAGAUGAACGUGAACAGAUGGCGAUCAGUGGAGGCUUCAUUCGCAGGGUAACAGACGAUGCUCGGGAAAAUGAGAUGGACGAGAACCUGGAGCAAGUGGGUGGUAUCAUUGGAAACCUGCGCCACAUGGCUCUGGACAUGGGCAACGAGAUCGACACCCAGAACCGCCAGAUCGACAGGAUCAUGGAGAAGACUGAUUCCAACAAGACCAGGAUUGAUGAGGCCAACCAGAGGGCCACAAAGAUGCUGGGCAGUGGCUAAACACCCCGGUCCUUGGCGAGCAUGACCUGCCCUGGUGUACGGCGCCGCACGUCAUCGGACGCCGACAUGCUUUCAUCAUGAUAUUGACCUUCUAGGUUUGCACACAUGCACAUAUCACCUCCCCUCCCCAUUGUAAAUGUUGUUCCGUGUGUUGUUUGUCAAGCUUUUUCAAGAUGAUUGUCCUCGUAAAAUGAUGAUUUCUUAUACUCCGUACAUCAUUUUUUCCGAAGGUUGUAUAUAGUGCUGAGUUAAUGGCACUCUGGCUCACCUGUGAAGUUUUUAUUAUCUUCAUCAAUACAUAUAUCAUAUAUUAUUCUAUACUACAUAUGAGAUAUAGAUAGAUAGAUAGAUAGAUAGAUAGAUAGAUAGAUAGAUAGAUAGAUAGAUAGAUAGAUAGAUAGAUAGAUAGAUAGAUAAAACUGCUAUGGAUGGCAAGUAUAUCAUAAGAAUGCAAUACAAGCUGUUUGUUUUAAUUCUUCCUUCUUUUACAGUAUCUCAGUAUCGUCGUAGUAAAACGGUUUCAUGGCUAGGCUACUGUCACGCCCCUUAUUUUAGUGUUUCGUCACAGCAAAAGCGAGAAGGCCGAUGACAAGUCAGCACUUUCAAUCAUAAAAGGCAGUCGCUGGUCCAUCUUCCUCCAUUGCAAUCAUACUGAGUUUACUGUUGAGACAAUGUGCAACUAGAUUCUCUGUAGCUGUAUUAGGCAUUUGCAUUCCAAGUGAUGUGAAUUGUGCGUUCUCUGCAUGACAAAUGGUAGAUUUUAGUCUUCUAAAUAAAACCUGUCUAAAAAAAAUAUAUAAAAAACGACAACAUGGCAGUAGCGACUUGACAAAACGCAUGCUCAGUAUUAGGACGCAGUUGAUCGUUCCAUUCUUCCCUGCAAGUUUGCAAUAUUGCCACUCUUCCUGUCUUGAUAUAUUUACCGACUGUGACCAUCUUGUUGUAAAAUAAUGCAAAAGGUAUCAAAAAGUGAGAUGAACAUGACAAAAUAUGAAGAUUUGUGGUUGUAUUGCAAAAAAAAAAGAAAAAAAAGAAAAAAAAAGACCUGUUUUCUAAACGAUUAUGCAGUUCUGUGAUGAUGUUGAUUAAGUGCUGAAAGAGGAGGACUGGUUGUGUACUGUAACAUAGGUUUUGGAUGCUCUGAAAAAAAAAUAAACAUUUGCAAUGUAAAGCAAAGACACAUAUUUCUGAGAGACCUUACUUUUAUAAGAAGACCGUACCUGUAAGUUUAUUCUCCCCGUGUGGUUUGUUAUUGGUAAAAAAAAAAAAAUCUAUAUAAUAAUGAGAAUGUUGAUGAUAACUAUACACUGAAACAAAAAAGAAAACAUCAAGGGUUUUUGUUGCUUCUGUACUUUAGAGCUAUGCAUACCAAAUCUCCAAAAUGUCCCUUAGUUAGAGUAAGGUGAUGAAAUACCCAAACCUGAAUGAGUCAAUAGAUUCAACUGUGAGAUUGAUGUCCUCAACGCAUGUUAUAUUAAAAGACUCCCUCUCUGUAUCUUGUCAGUGUGUAAAGUGGUGGACAUUUUGUAGCUAGCUGAAUUGAUUAAAAGUAAUCAACCCGA